AUGAAACACCUAAACCAUCUAAUACUCCUAACAAAAUUAAGAAUUAAUAUAAACAAAUGUCUCAUUUCUCAUGAUUCAGUCAUUUGAGUUAGCUAGUGCCCAUCAUUAAUAUGGUCUGGUACUACAAUAAAACAAACUUCUCUAUUCUACAACAUGAAUUUUGUUCCCAAUAUCACCAUAUAAAAUGUCACCCACAAGUCAUUUCAAUUCUUCUACAUUACCCAUAUUAACAUAACCCUGAACAUUAUUAUCUUUAAUCACCCCUGUUGGCUGUUAAUAUCAUAUCUCAGAUAAAUGGGAUCAACGGAACGAUCAAAGAAGCGGAUUCAUGUAUGGAAGAAAGCCAUUUUACAAUUCAUGUUAUGUUUUGUAAUGGGAUUCUUCACAGGCUUUGCUCCUACAGGAAAAUCUCCAUUCACGAGUUUUAAGUCAUCAUCACCCCCACACUAUAACGAGUCCAUUGAGCUAGCACCGCGGCCAAUGGUGGGUGUGGUGGUAGGAGACAGCAACAGUUCUGUCAACAGAAGUCUAUCAGAAGAUAUUACAGUGCAGAAUGUUGAUGCAAUCGACGAAAGUGAAGAGGAAAGCGGUCUUAAUCCAGGUAGACAAAUAAUUGUGAUAACUCCUACAAAUGACAAGGAUCCUCUAAGAGGAGUUUUGUUAAAUAGGUUGGCGAAUACCCUGAAGCUGGUGCCUCCACCAUUGUUGUGGAUUGUUGUGGAGUCGCAACUGGAAACUUCUGAUGUAUCAGAUAUACUUAGGAGAACAGGGGUGAUGUAUAGGCAUUUGGUUAGUAAGGAGAAUUUUACAGAUCAUAGAGCUGAAGUGGAUCACCAACGAAAUUUGGCACUAAAACAUAUAGAGCAUCAUCGGUUAAGUGGAAUUGUCCAUUUUGCUGGCCUUUCAAAUGUUUAUGAUCUCAACUUCUUCUACCAGAUUCGAGCUAUUGAGGCAUUUGGGACGUGGCCAUUGGCAAAACUGUCAGCAAGGAGGAAGAGAAUGAUAAUAGAAGGGCCAGUUUGCCAAUCUUCUCAAGUGGUUGGAUGGCAUUUGAAAAACAUAAACAUGGAAUCAGAGGAAUUAAAUAUCCACAUUUCUAGUUUUGGAUUCAAUAGCUCUAUCCUAUGGGAUCCUGCGCGAUGGGGCCGUCUCCCUUCUUCAGAGGCCACCAAUCAGAAUUCACUCAAAUUUGUCAAGCAAGCAUUUAAUGAAGAUGAAAGCAAAAUUAUAGUACCAUCAGAAGAUUGUUCUAAAGUAAACAUCUGGCAGCUUCAUCUUUCCUCCAAAUUUGUACGAGUUACUCAUGCUCCAGAUUCUACAUCUGAUGAAGGGCCUAGAUGAUGAAUUAGAGGAAACAAGGGAUCUUAAUAUUAAUUCAUAAGCUUUUACCCUAUAUGAUUCUCUUUUGAUAAUUACUCUUCUAUCAUUGAUUUCAAUACACUUUGAAAUCAGCUCUUGAAAAAUUCUUUGGAUUUAGCAAUGUAAUUUACAACUGAACUCAUUAUAGAAUUAGAUGGUACAUAUAUUCUUUUUCUUA